AUGGGCGCCGCCGCGUGGGCAUCGUCGCCCCUGCUGGUGCGCGUGUCUCUCCUGCUGCUGAUUCUGCCGCUCCCGGGGCUGCCUGCAGGCUCCUGGGACCCGGCCGGUUACCUGCUCUACUGCCCAUGCAUGGGGCGCUUCGGGAACCAGGCUGAUCACUUCUUGGGCUCCCUGGCUUUUGCAAAGCUGUUGAACCGCACCUUGGCUGUACCCCCUUGGAUUGAGUACCAGCAUCACAGGCCUCCCUUCACCAAUCUCCAUGUGUCCUACCAGAAGUACUUCAAGCUGGAGCCCCUCCAGGCUUACCAUCGCAUUAUCAGCCUGGAGGACUUCAUGGAGAAGCUGGCACCCACUCACUGGCCCCCUGAGAGGCGGGUGGCAUACUGCUUUGAGGUAGCAGCCCAGCGAAGCCCCGAUAAGAAGACAUGCCCCAUGAAGGAAGGAAAUCCCUUUGGCCCAUUUUGGGAUCAGUUUCAUGUGAGUUUCAACAAGUCUGAGCUUUUUUCUGGCAUUUCCUUCAGUGCCUCCUACAAAGACCAGUGGAUCCAGAGAUUUUCUGCAAAGGAACAUCCAGUGCUGGCCCUGCCAGGGGCCCCGGCCCAGUUCCCUGUCCUGGAGGAGCACAGGCCACUCCAGAAGUACAUGGUGUGGUCAGACGAGAUGGUGAGGACGGGAGAGGCCCACAUCCGCACCCACCUCGUCCGACCCUAUGUGGGCAUUCAUCUGCGCAUUGGCUCUGACUGGAAGAAUGCCUGCGCCAUGCUGAAGGACGGGACUGCGGGCUCGCAUUUCAUGGCCUCCCCACAGUGUGUGGGCUACAGCCGCAGCACGGCUGCCCCCCUCACCGUGACCAUGUGCCUCCCUGACCUGAAGGAAAUCAGACGGGCUGUGAAGCUCUGGGUGGACACGCUGAACGCCCAGUCAGUCUACAUCGCCACAGAUUCCGAGAGUUACGUGCCCGAGAUCCAAGAGCUCUUUAAAGAGAAGGUAAAAGUGGUGAGCCUGAAGCCUGAAGUGGCCCAGAUCGACCUGUACAUCCUUGGCCAAGCUGACCACUUUAUUGGCAACUGUGUCUCCUCCUUCACUGCCUUUGUGAAGCGGGAACGGGACCUCCAGGGGAAGCCGUCUUCUUUCUUCGGCAUGGACAAGCCGCCUCAGCUGCGGGAUGAGUUCUGAUCCUGGCUGGAGCACAUAACCGGUCUGAGCUGGUCCCACUUGCCAGGCCUCACAGCCAGCAGUGCUGCCAGCACUGAUUCCCAAGAGUACAAGCUCUUCUCUCCUGCCAGAGACAGAAAAGCACCCGGGACUUCUGGAGGAGGACUCCAUCUCCCAGGGUACAGGGCUUUCAGGCGUCUAGAGCCGAAGCAUCUCUUCUCCCCGUGUGCCUCCUGCUGUUUCUCCUGGGAAUUUCGCACACUGGCAAAGCAGUCCAACCUCUGUCUUUUGGUCUGCCCUGCUCUGAGCAGCCUGGGGGGGCUAAACUCUUCAGUGAUUUUUUUAUAGAGAGAGCAACAGAGAUUCUUAUAGUUUUAAUAUGAGAUCAUGAUUACCCAAGAACUCUCCCUCAUUUUUAAAAAUCAGUGAAGUUCAUUAAUGUAGAUACCUAAAGUGACCUUGAAUGAGGAUGAGGCCAGGGGUGGAGUGGUUGUAUUGAUCCUUUUUCCAGAUGACCCGAAGUAGCUCUUAGACCAGGCCAGAGCCACCCCUACUGCCUGGCCAGAGCCAUUGUCAACCCAUCUUCCGAGGCCAUUUCCAGGGUUUUGGGGCAUGAGCGCGUAUCUCCAUUGUGAACACUAUGCAAAUGGAAGUUAUCGAUCAGGCUGCUGUGCAGUGCUGUGCAGACACAGUGCUGCUCACACACCACGUUCCAAGCAAGGAGCAAGUGCCAUUGAGUCAGACCAUCGUGGUGUUGCUGUCAGAGUCUCCUAGUGAUUGGCACCUGCCUCAAACCUGGCUCCAUUGAGAUCUUGGCGCACCCAGGGGCCAGGGCUGGUUGGCCUGGCUGGAUGGCCUGGCAGCAUCCUUCCGAAGCCUGCCUCUCCCCUUUCAUCUGUCUCCCACAGGGCCUGGUUGUAGAAUUUUGCCAUUAAGUUGCUAUCCAAUACCUGUCCAUUGAGCCUCCCUCCUGGUUCUGGAGCCCUCAGGCUGUAUUCUCACCAGGGCCUGUUGGCUAAGCCUCUGACCAGGUGGGAGAUGCCCCUGACCCAGAAGCCAUCAGAUUCCUAGUCUGCCCCUUCCUGUCCAGGGGAAUCUCUGCCAACCCCACGAGGCUUAAGGUAUUAAGUUGUAAGUUUCUCUGUUUCUCAGGUGCUGGAGUUGUGAUAAUCUGUGACUCCCAAGACUGUGUGGUGUUUUGGCCUUGUGGUUCUAAAAUUCAUGUCUAACACCUGCUGGUCUCUUCCCCACCACGUGACUUUCCUUAGCCUUCGAUCCUAGAAAGGUGGAGGAAACUGAUGCGAGCCAGGCCCAGAGGUCCAUGCAGGGCCUCCCCCUCGGGUUCCCUUUGGGAAGAAACACUGUCUCCGUCAAGGCAGAGUAGGCUAGAGGUGGCAGAGCAACAAGGAUCUCAAACACUAAAGGUGGCAUUUGCUGCUCAGAGCUGCUGCCCAACUGGAAACGGAGUAACUAGAGAAAGGGCUUUUGUGUUUUUGUGUUCUAAAUCCUGGGUGGACUCUGAGAGAUGGCUUGUCUGUCCAGACUUGUUUGCAGGCUUCAUUCAGAGGUGCGGCAGCCUAUGCACCCCCGCCUCCGUGGGGUCGUUGGGAAGGUCUGGCUCACUGGCUGAUUUUGUUUGCUGAAUUUAUUUGCCCAUCACAGGCUCACACUAGGCACACAGUUUAGAGUCUGGGGGCUCUAGUGGGCUGUCGAGACCACUUUCGUUAGCACUGGCAGUGAUAACAGGUGUAUUUCUGAGCAAGAGGGUCCAGGGUUGUAGUCAGAUUCAGUUGUGUCCAUAGGCGAGCACUUUGACCCAGGUGCCUCACCUAUAAAAAUGGUGAUAAACCCGACAGGGUUGUUGAAAGGCUCCCAUCAGAUAAAGCAGGCAUAAGAGCACUUUGUAAACUGGAAAGAGCCAAAGGCACGUAUAUGACUGGUGAUUAAUUUGAGGGUCUCUUGUCGCACACCUACUCUGUGCCAGGCACUGUGCUUGUUAAAUGCUUUAUGGAAAUUGAGUCCUGACUCCAGCCCUCGGGAGUGGAAGCUGUUACUAUCCUUCUCCUUCUGCGCAAGGAAAAACUAACACUCAGAAAAUUCUCAUCGUUUUCUCAAGGCUACAUAGCUGGUGGUGUUAUGCCGGCAUCUGCCCUUCCAAAGCCAUGACCGUUAGCUACACAUUCUACGGCCACCACCUCACAGGAUGCACUUUACCGUGUGUGUGUGUGUGUGUGUGUGUGUGUGUGUGUGUGUAGGCCUCCGGGUUCUCACUGGGCUCCUGCUGUCUAUGGGUUUGUCACUGCCAGGAGGUCUUGGGGAAGGAGAGAUCCCGCCAGGAAAGAAAGCCCACAUGAAGCUUACAGUUCUUCUGAGUAGGUAUUUAGUCCACCAUUCUUUCAUUCAAAUGACCUACUAUGUGCCAGGCACUGUGCUAGGUACAAGGAUUCAGCAGAGAAUCAGAGCACCUUUGUUCUCAAGGGAUUUGCAUUGUAUUAAGUAUAUGACACGAUGAACAAAAGUAUGAGGGAGGGUACUGAGUAACUGCUAUGGAGAAAAUAAAGGGUAUGAGGGAGUUGAGAGAGGGAGCAGUGCUGGUUUGGAUGAGGAGUUCACGUUAGGCCUCUCUGAAGAGCCAGCAGGAGGAAGGAGGGGACCACUCAUUCAGGUACCCGGAGGCAGCACAUUCCAGGCAGAGAAAACAGCAGGUGCAAAGGUCCUGAAGUUGGAGUGUGUGAGUGAGUGAGUGAAUGAAGCAUGGCAAGGAAGCCAAUGUGGUUGGAGUAGUCAGAGUAAGGCAGGGAACAGAGCAGUAGAUCAGAGCAGGCAAGGUCCUAUAUCUUGGAGGGCAGUGAUAAAGUCAAGAUGUAUUUGGAGAAAUGGGAAGCCUUUGCAGGAUUCUGAAUGGAAAAGGGUCAUGAUCUGUUUAUAGUUUGAAGGACACCCCCUCCCCUCAGCUGCCACAUGGUAAAAAGAUGGGAGGGGUAGAAGCAAGGAUGCAGGCCAGAUCGUGGGGCUCACACGAAGGUCAUUGCGUUGAAGGUAGUAGAAAGUGGGCUGAUUCUGGAUAUAUAAAAUUAUUUUUAAAGUUCAAACUUUUUUAUUUUUUUAAGAUUUUAUUUUUAAGUAAUCUCUACACCCAACGUGGGGCUCAAACUUACAGCCCCAAGAUCAAGAGUCGGAUGUUCUGACUGAGCCAGCCAGGCACCCCAUUAAAUUACAAUCUUUUUUAAAUAUAGGAGUCUUUGUAUAAUCAUGCAGCAUAAACAGUUUAAUGUCUUGUUUUUUACUUAAUAGUAUGUCACAUUUUCCAUGUUGGUAUAUGGCCUGAAUAAAUAUUUUUAAUGAUGAGA